AUGAUUGUAUUGAAGACGCGGUCUUGCACUUUCUUUAUUGGUGAUGAAAAGGAGAUUAUUCCUGAUACGGUUCCGGAGACGACAUUUCCUCUUAUCGGACACUGCGUCGUAAGGAUGUACAGAGCUUAUGAGGAAUACCUGGAAUACGUGGAACGUCCCGCUCCCGGACCUACUGCUCCGCCGGUUUCAAAAUUCUCUAACGAGGUUUUCAAUCCGACGAACCCCGUUGAAUUACCUAUAAGUGGUUUUGGGAAUGGACAUCGACUACGAGUCGUCCUUAAAACAUUGGACAAAAGGAACGAACAAUUCUCUGUCAAUCUUAAGAACGGAGAUGACAUUCUGCUCCACUUUAAUCCUCGUCUAAAGGAUAACGUGAUCGUUUUCAACUCUUUCUCAAAUGGGGAAUGGCAACAUGAGGAACGACCAUCGAUUGUGUUUCCUUUUGAAAGGAAAAAGAUCUACACCAUUGAAUUUGUCGCUACCACUGAUAGCUCUGCCCUCAUUUACGUGAACGGCCGUUUCCUCUACGAAUUUCGUCAGCGUGAACGCGGUCAACGGGCUUCUUCGGUUGAAAUUCAUGGAGAUGUUUAUAUUCAUUCCGUGCAUGUCUCGUAA